GGAAUUUUUUUUCAACUGUAUGUAGGGCUGCAGUGGUGGCCAGAAUUAGAUAUCUUUAAAGAAUUUUAAAUACAAUAAACACUUCAUAUUAUUCGCCUUGUUACACUCAAUGCAAUUCUCAAGUCUAUAAGAGGUAUGUGCUUAAUAUUUCCUACUGUGUAGGAGAAUUUGCAGUCAGCCAUAGGUAUGUAGGAAUAGUCACUUACUGGCUGAUACAUUUAAAGCAGCAGUAUGAAUAGCAAGGACAGACACCUUCAAUUUGUGAAAUCAAAGAACUGUUGCACUAUAUAGAAUGAAUUUGGGUUUUUUAAGAACUAUUAAAAGUUAGGUACUGUAAGUGUUCUUAAAACCUAUAAAUUUCAUUCUGUGGGCUAGUAGCGUGGGACAAAAUAUUCCUAAUGAAAGGAAGUACCAAUUAGUUUAUUUGUUGAUGGCAUUCCCCUUUUGGGGAAGCAAUGUAAGAUUGUGUGUGUCAUUCACACGUAGGGAAGCAUACACAGGCACAUGGCUUUAAGAACCACACUGAUAAUUAAAAAGAAUACAGGCAUUCCAUAUACACAUGUUAAUUAGCAGUUAGUGACUGGGCCAACACUUUCUCAUAAAAAUUGGCCUUUUACAUGUUGUCUAAUUAUCAUUUUUCCCCAAAUUUUGCGUUGUAGGACUACUGUUCGAAGAUUUUUGGAAGAAUACUGAGAACGGCAUAAAGUGAAGAUCGACAUUUAAAAAAUGAGGUGAAAGAAAGCUAUAGUGGCAUAGAAAAAGUAUAAAGCUCAGUUAGUUUUUUUAUUAUUAUUAUUAUUAAAAGUUAAUUCAGGACUGAUGUGACCUACCAGAUUUCAGAACAUGUGUUAAUAGUAUAUAUGCCACUGAAAACUUAGGUCCUGUAUCAUACUUUUUUCUCUAAGACUUUUUAAGAAAUAUUACUUAAACAUGUGGCUUGCUCAGUGUUUAAUUGCAAAUUUUCAUUCUCGGACUUUGAAAACAGGAUUAAACGUUAGUAUUUGUGUGAAUCAGACUAAGUGGGAUUUCAUUUUUACAACUCUGCUCUACUUAGCCUUUGGAUUUAGAAGUAAAAAUAAAGUAUCUCUGACUUUCUGUUACAAAGUUGAUUGUCUCUGUCAUUGAAAGGUUUUAGUAUUAAUCUUUUUCUAAUAAAGUUAUUGACUCUGAACUAGUCCCCUGUUUUAAAUACAAGAGUUACACUAUCACUAGAGGUGUUGGUGUACAGUUUUAUCUAAUUUGUUCUGUUUAAGACUAAUUUUUAUAGAGUUUCUAAUGUUUUAAAUAAUGGUGCUUCAAUUUUAGGUGGUUAUGAAUAAAUUUGAAUUUUGCUUUUAAUAGCAAAGAUGUACAGUGAACUAAAAUAUAUUUUUACAUCCCUGAGAAAUUCCUUUAGUAGAAAAUUCCAAGUAUCCUUCUGACAAGCACCCUUUAGCUAGCUAGCUAUGAAAUAAUGAUGUAGAAAAGCAUUCAAGUGCUAGUUUUUGUUAAGUCCUGUAUCAAGAUUUCUUCUCACCCGGUCGUGUCAGUUUAUAAAUGUACUUGUGUAUAGGGUGUGUAGUAUAUAUGGCAAGGGUUUUUCCCCCCUCUUAAAUGAUUAUUUUUGUGUCACAUCUAGGAAAACUGGCAGCAUGUUUCUUUCUAUAGCCAGCUUCUUCAAGUGUAUAAAAGUAUUCUCUCCAGCUACGUAUAUACACACGCACAUAUAUAUCAUAGCAAUUCCUUGUGGUUUAUAACUUUCAAAUACUGCUAUCAGUUUAUAGGUAAAGAAACUGAGUGUGUUAAAUGACUUACCCAGGGAGGGUCUUGUGGCUUCAUGUUUAUGGAGUUGCUAGGUCUCUGUCUCAUGGUCCAGUGCCUGUUAAGACACUGUUGAUUCAGAUAGGCAUAAUGAAUUGUUAAAGAAUUUACUAAAAUCUCUUCCACCAAACUUUGAAAAAUAAUAAAGCCCCCACUUUAGAGGCUCUGUUGGAAAAAAUGCUGUGGAGACAGAGCCCUCCUGGCUCCCUAGCUGAUCCUGGAGAUGCAGCAAUAGAUAAGUAGGUUAUCUCUGAAUUUGUAAGAGAUGAUUCACAUGAGGAUUAAGAUAAAAUGGGAGGUAAAAUCUAACAAACACAAAGAUAGCUCCCAGGCCCUGCUUUGUGUAGCUUGACAAGAUUGUGAUUGUAGUAGCAAAGGACUUAAAAUGAUAGUUUUUAAACCAUAUUCUGUCCCUAAGUAUUAAAAAAUCUAGGAAGCUAUUAAAAUACAAGAUUUGUUCUGCUCUGUCUCCUCUAGAAUCAACAUCUAACUUAAAUAAAGUAUAAUAAAUGAGCUCAUAUGAAAAGGCUUCCUCUAUGGACCCUUAGAUCUAUUGUAACUAUUGAAGUUACCUGGGAUUUGGGGGCGGUGGGAGGAGGACCUGCCUCCUCAGGGCAGCUAUGACUAAGGCCUGGCUUUAGUUAUGGAGAGAGACCUAGAAGUUGAAUUUUAUACCCAAAAUUGAUGUGGCUGAAGAGGAACUGAUUCUUGCUAACCAUCUCAUAAGAAUCCAGUAUUGAGACCAGUUCACUAGAAGAAACAAACAUUUCUGCCAUGCAGACCAAAAAGUUACUAGUUGGUGAAUAUAUAGUUUCUCUUUGGAAAGUCUUUAAGGGGAGCAAACCAGUUUUAAUCAGAUUGCUUGGGAAGUUUGAAAUCUGCAAUCAGUUGGUCUUUAAAAAAAACCAACAACUUUAUUUUGGAAAUUUAAAGACAUGCACAAAAGAGGAACAAUAUAAUUAACCUCUAUUAACUCAUCACCAACAAGACUUAUGACCACUCUUAUACUUCAUGAGUGAUUGUAUUUGUAUCCACUGUCCCCUAUUAUUUUCGAGCAAAUCUCAGACACAUCAUUUAAUCUGUAAAUAAUUCAGCAUGUAUCUCUAAAAGACAAAGACCUCUUAAAUAACAGUUCAUUAGUAUAAAACAAAUUGGGUACACUUUUGUCAGUCAUCAAACCAUAUAGCACUGGUCCAAUAGUUUAAUUUCCAUUGAGCCUUUCAAGAGCACCGACCAGUCUGCUGUUCAAGACAUCCUCUCCUCUGGAAUGUAGAGAUGAUACAUAUCAUGCUUCUUUUUGUUAAAACUUUUUUUUCCCCUUCAAACACAGUCCAGUCAUUUUUCAGUUUGGGUUGAAACAUCCUUCUUGUUCUCUUGAUCUUGAGCUUAUAAUAACCUAGUCAUAUUGCUCAGCUCAGAUAUUUUUACCCCCUCUCCUUAGGCAUUCUGGUUCCUUAAAUAUAGUUAGUGUCACAGAGGAUAACCAACCUUAUUUCCGAGGUCUGAGAACACUUGGACCACAUAUUGGUUGAGCUCAGCCACCUUCUGAUUAAAGUUUUCAGAGUUGUAAGAACUGAACAUUUUUAUGGUGGAGGUUCUCUGAGCCCUCAUCCAUUCUGUUUUUAAAAAUGCAUUGCCGAUGGGCUAUGUGAAUAUGUUUUUAAACAUGUUAUGUGCAUGAAACAUAAAACACUUGAAGUUAUGUUUACAAUUCUGUGGGAUGGGACUUCAUUCAGGGUUGGUUUUCAAGCUUGAUUUCCUGAGGGAUGUUUUAGUUGUUUGUGAAAGAACCCCAGGUCUACUUUUGAAAUUUUGUAUUAUAAUUGUAAUGUUGCCCAUGAUUUAAAAAAAAAAAAAAGUGUUUAGUGAUCUGUCUCCUACUACUCCUAUCCCUCUGUUUUUCCUCUGCAGGAGCUUGCUGCUGUUAAGUUAUUCUUCCAAGUAGUUUUCUUUGUGGGGAGAUGGGAGGUGGGAGGAAAUAUAAACAUAUUUGUAUAAAUCUUUCAAAAUAUAUGACGGUAUACCCAUGUCUUCUGAGUCUUGCUGUUUUUACCUGGUAAUAUUUAGAUAAACAUUUAUUUUGAGAUAAAGGAGACGGCACUUUUAAGUUGAACCUGUAGUUUUAAAAAGUACAUUUCAAGUAAGCCAAAGCAGAGAAGUAAAUGUAUUUUUCAUUGUUGUAUCAGAAUUUUGAAUUUACUAUUUUAAAAAUUCAAGAGUUUUGUAGCUGAUCUAUUUCUUCCCCUCAGCCAUCCCAAAUAGGUCAUUUGUCAACAGAUUUAAGAAUGUUUAGGAACAACAACUUUGGGAAACGGGAAACAAUUUGGCAUAAGUGGGUGUGCCAUAACCUCUCAUAGCCAUUCACUCUCGGAUACAUACCCUAGAGAAACUUACACAUGUGUACCAGGGGAUGGAUUUAAGCAUUGUGUGUAAUAGGAAGAAAAGAAGAAAAAACCUGGGAAGACCCUAAGUGUCCACCAACAGUGUGUUGGAUAAAUACUGUGGUAUAUUCCAACAGUGGAAUUCCACAGAAGUGAAACUGAACUGCAGCUCUAUAUGUGAACAUGGACAAAACUCAACAA